GGAAGCCGCGGACAUCCCUCGGGAGGAAGCCAAUAUCUUCAUGCAGAACCCCACAGUAUGACAGGGUCCAGGGGCACAUACGUCCCUAGUUUGUAUGCAGGUUUCACCUGUAUCUGUCCAGGUCGCAGCGGGAAAGCAGCAGCACUGAUCGGCAUCACGUCGACUCUCAACCAAGGCAAACGGUGGGCGGCCCACUACUGUAAGGCCCCCGGCAGGAAGCUCAGGCAAAUGAUACGCAAUAUGAGUCUUGCCCGCGGAAAUUGCAAACGUUUCAGUUUGAUAUUUCGGGCCGAGGCGUAGCCGCAGCGGUUCAGCCGCUUCUGCAGCUCCUAGGGAUGCAUUAAUAGGAUGCGCUGGUCCAAGACAAAGCAUUGCUUUAGUUUUCGAAGCGAAGUAUAGUGCAUUUCGUCUUGCUUGCAAGACAAAGACCCUUAUCCUGCGGCAAGCGGGCUAUCGUCCGUGUGGCAGAACAUGAAUAUCUAUAGACAGCUCUCAUGAUGAUAUCUGGCAUUCUCCUGGAAUGGCGAAAGCAACGGAUGGGUACACUGGAGAUCCAAAAAAAAACAACCCAAUUUCGAAGUCUCUCGACAAGCCCUCUGCUAACCGGACUUGUGAUCUGUUGGAGCAUACCUUUUCCAUUAGCUGAUCUAGCAACAAGCUAGAUCCCUGUUCAUGCGUUCUCCGAUGGCAUCUCCACCGAGUCCUCGACGACUGUGUAACGCCCGACUCAUGAACGCCGAUGCGGGACCCGGAGUAAAGGUUUGUCGGACAAAAUCAUCCAGUUCUCACUUCUUGAUACCAUCCACAAACAAUGGCCAUGAAGAUUGACACUCACCACCAUGUCAUCCCUCCUUUCUCGGGCAAGGUAUCACCUAGAAUCCCGGCGUCUUUCCCAGAAAAAACCUGAAUCAGUAGCUAACCACGUAAACCCAGCCAUGACCGAUAAUCCCCACUUCUCAAAAGGCAUGCGUAUGCCCACUUGGUCCCCGCAAACAACCCUAGCCUUCAUGGCCAGCAACGGGAUCGAAACAUCCAUCCUGCCUUGUGCCCUUCCACUCACGGUCCUCGCCCAAGGAAACAUCACCAAAGCCGUAACUCUAACCCGCGAGGUAAACGAUUAUCUCGCCUCCUCGCGCACUCUACACCCAAAGCAAUUUGGCUUCUUCGCCUCCAUCCCCUCCCUCGAGGACACUGAGAUUUGCAUCGACGAAAUCCACCACGCCCUCGAUGACCUCCACGCAGACGGCGUCUUGCUGUUCACAAGUUAUAACGGUAAAUACCUGGGUCAUCCAGACUUCGAACGCGUAUGGGAUGAGCUGAAUGCUCGCGGUACGGUCGUCUUCACGCACCCGACUAUCGAAGGCGCAACCGAGAAAUGUAUCCAAGGGCCCUUCACAAUCCCCCCACCGUUACUGGACUGGACGCACGAAACAACCCGUGCAGCCGUGCAUCUCAUUCUCACAAACACUCUCCGCCGGUUUCCCGAGUGCAAGAUCAUCCUCUCUCACGGCGGAGGAACACUUCCCUUCAUCGUGGGGCGAAUGGCAGAUCUCCAGACCCGACUGUCUGGUAGAUCGCAGGAGGACUUUCUGGAGGAUGCGCAGCGGCUCUAUUUUGACAUUGCACUUGUGGGGCCGUCCGUUCCGCCGCUGCAGCUCGUGCGGGAGUUUGCGGGAAGCGGGCAUGUGCUGUUUGGCACUGAUUUCCCGUUUGUGGCGGCGGAGGGCGUUGCAAGGAGGUGGAUGGGGUUACCGCUGGUGGAGAGGGGGGGUUGGUGAUCGAGACGAGGA